UUUUAUUAUCUUUAUAUAUCAGUAAUAAUUUUAUGUAAUAAAUAUGUAGUAAUUUUAUGUUUCAUCUACAUUUGCACCAGCCCGUGUUGGGACGAUUAUCAGUAAACUGUACCAGUUCUACCUUGGUGCAAUAGUGCGGUUAGGUUAGGUUUUCUCUAAUCACAGUCUUCUAAGUAUGAUAAUAUUAUCAGGUUUGAAUGCUCGUCGCACUGUCGCACUCGCACUAGCACGCGAAUUAUCGUUUUCAUUUGCCAAGACAUGAGUUCAUAACAAAAUUAUUUUAAAAAAAAUAUUACAAAAAAAUUCCUUAUUUUAAAGAUGAUGUGCCAGACUCUAGUGCGCUAAAAAUUUUAUUUGAUUAUUGAUAGAAUCAUUUAUUUCAAAUACUAGAAUAUAUAGAAUGAAGCAUUUCGGCAAUUAAUAAUUUCAAUUGACUUGUAGAAAUCGAAAUAAAUUGUUUUGUAUUUGAUUCAUACACAAUGAACGUUUACGAUAGUGUUGUAAGAGGUACACAAGCUAGUCGAUUAAUAAUAAUUGAAGAUUCAUUUUUAGCCAAAGGACAGUUUCUAUUACAUCUUAUAUCUGUGAAUCGAAAAUCCUAUGACAUCCAUGUAAUUUGUUAUGAAAAUGUAGUAUCUAAAUAUCAAACUUUAUUUCCCUCUUUGUCCAAUAUUCAAUACCAUGAUUGUAUGUAUAACAUCAUGUCUUUAAAUUUAAGUUUGUACGAAACAAUUUCACGUAUAGUUGAAAAAUCAACCAAAAAAAUAGUCAUUUUAAUUGAUUCAUUGUCUAUGUAUUUACUUUACACUGAAUUCAGAAAAGUGUAUAAAGAAUUAUUGGAUAUUACAUCAUCUGAUAAGUUUUCUAGCAUUGUUCAAUUUGUGGUAGUGAUACACAAAGACGUAACAGAAAUUAAUCAAAUUGAACACUUGAAAAAUAUAUGUAAGACUCAUAUACACGUACAGACUGCUAACAAUCCAUUCAUUUUAAACUUAAGAUUAGAACAUAAAAGGUCAAAUGGGAAAUGUGUAGUUCAAAAAUUAAAAGGUGAAUUAAAAUCUGAUUUUACAUUUCAACUAAUAAAUGACUUACCACCACAAAAAAUUGAAGAUGAUAAAAUUAUUCCAACAAAUUUGGCCAGUUUUAAAUUAGAUUUACAGGAUAGUGAAAAAAAAGCUAAGGAAGAAUUAAUUUUACCAUAUACUCUAGUACAAAACCCAUCCAGUACUGGUGGAAUGAUUCAUUAUGUUCCUGAUGAAGCAGAUGACUGGGAUGAAGAAGAUCCAGAUGAUGAUUUAGAAAUAUAGUAUUAUAUUAUAUUCUUCAUAUAUUAUGUUAUGUAAAUUGAAUAUGUACUUGGCAUAAUACUUUCGUAUUGUUUCAUAACAACUUUUUUCGUCAAUUCAUCAGUCAAAAAGAACUUAAAUGACAAAUGUUUAUUAAGUGCCUUUAAAGAUCUUCUAAAUACAUUGUAAAUUAAUUUAAUUUUUCAAUUUACAAGUAGCAUUUUAAAUUUAUCUGCAAAUAUCAGGUGCUAAAAAGAACAUUACAAUUAUUAUAAAUUUGAGUGUAAAUCAAAUAAUAAAGCAGUAUAAUAKUUUUAAAUGAGUGUGUAUCAUUCAUUUUUUCUAUACGUUUAAAGCAUUCAUUUUUAACAUUCAGAUAAGCAUUGCAUAGAAAUUUUUUGUGAAUCUGUUUGCAUUAAACGCAAUGUAAACAGAUACUGCAAACCUAGGGGUUAACUACAACAGGCAGCAUAAUUUUAGGCAUCAAAAACUAUGAGAUGGCUUAUCUGUAUAUUAUCCACAACAACAAUUGAAAAAGAAAAUUAAAGUACAGAUCUUUUGAUAUUUUACAAUUUUAUAUACCUAAGUGAUAU